UAGCACACCUCUUUAUUUAUCCUUAGUUUAGUAGUUGAAGCACCAUUAUUGGAUUGACUAAAAACGGAUCAUAUUAUAUUGGUGCCCCAAAUGGUAUUUAUGAAGCAGGAAAAUAAAGGAAAGCCCAGUUUGGGAAUUAAUGAAAACUAUGAUUUUUCUUUGUGAACACAAUAAGAAAGGGGUGCGUGGUGUUUAAAAUACAUACUGAAAAUUUGCGGAUUUUUUUCCUCUCUUCCCAUUCUUUUUUUGCUUUUAAAGUAACUAAAAGGGUGGAAACUAGACGGAAGCUCCUUACAGCUGGAAUCUGUACACUUCGGUGCGGGAAAGCGAUAAAGGGGUUAAAGAAAGAAAAUUGGAAAGUGUAUCAGUAUGGAAGAAAAUGAUCAUAGCAACAGAGAAGCGGAGCGUCAAGAGUCGGGCGACGAGUCCAACAGAGCGAUUAUUCCCCUUUUGCAAGCACCGGGGAACCUGCAACUCCCACACAGAAUUACUAACUUUUUCAUCGAUAACAUUUUGCGACCGGACUUCGGGCGAAGAAAAGAAGGAACAUUUAGCCGCGAUGAAAGCAGCCUUGCCGGGAGAGAGAAUAAUAGCCCCUCAGCCCCCGGAGCGGGGCAGGUAGGAGGAUCUGUAGCAGGAGAAGGAACCUCUAACCCUCCUUCAGUCGGCGGGGCAAAGAAGGCAGAUAUUGCGGUGGACGAGCCUCUGAAACCCCGCGGAGAAAGUGGAGAUCAGUGCCUAAGUUCGGACUCGGAUUGUUCUCAAGCCAGCUCAACAAUAGCUACGGGCCAGCCCAUGCUCUGGCCAGCUUGGGUUUAUUGUACUAGAUACUCGGACAGGCCUUCAUCAGGACCAAGAUCUCGUAAACCAAAGAAGAAGACUGCCAGCAAAGAAGACAAGCGCCCAAGAACAGCCUUCACAGCCGAACAGCUUCAGAGACUAAAAGCUGAGUUUCAAACAAAUCGGUACCUGACCGAGCAGAGGAGGCAAAGCCUGGCGCAAGAACUAAGUCUUAAUGAGUCUCAAAUUAAAAUCUGGUUUCAGAACAAAAGAGCCAAAAUUAAGAAAGCCAGCGGGAGUAAAAACUCUCUGGCUUUGCACUUGAUGGCACAGGGACUGUACAAUCAUGCCACAACAACAAAAGAUGACAAAUCAGACAGCGAUUGACAGAAAAAAACAGAUGACAGGCUAAACAAUGCAAUAAUUUCAUAAAAUAAGGGCCAGUGUAUAAAAUAUACCAGCAUUAAUGGAUUAAAAUAUAUGUAUUAUUAGAUAUACUUCUGCAAUAUCAUGUGUAUAUAUUUUACGAGUAAGGUGUUGAACAAAGGUAUGUUUUCAAUAUGUUAUCAACCUUGUUGUUUUCUUCCUAAAAUAGAUGCUUCUUAUGUGGACAAGUGAUUCCAUUACGUUCCUUCCUUUUUACCAACCAAGCGCUUUUGGUUGACGUAGACACAUUUGACAGUGAACAAAAAAAAAAAAAAAAACAACUUGCUGAAGUCCAAAGAUUUUUUCUGCUGCAUUCAGGCAACUGUGAAUCUAAAUAAAUUGCUGAUUGUAAAGCUAUAUUAUUUCUAUGUUUGUUUGUUUUAUUAGUUUUGUUAUUAUUUGUGUAAAAAAGGACAUAAGCAAGGGUUGUGAUGUUAUGAAGAGGCUCAGUUACUUGCAUUCUAAUUAACGUACAUCUACAAUUUGUGAUGUUCUUAUGAAUACAUUAGUCUAUUAUUAAAUAAAACAAAUCAUAAAUAUUUUUUAAAGUGAGCAAUCAGUGAUUUGGUUGCAACCAAUCCACUAUGAAUACUGUAUUAGUUCAAAAUUUCUUAAACUCGGAUAUAAAUUCAUUUAUCAGGCUAACAACUGACAUCAGACUAACGUCAAACAGAAAAUAACACCCUUCGUUUCAAAUUGGCUGUUUUAUGUCAUUUAAAUGUACUGUGGCCUCUUAUUAAGUUAAUAUAGUUUUUAAUGACAGAGCAAUAUAAUAUUCUUUUUGUAGAAUACUACGUUUUAAUUUAUAUAAUGCUGCCUAUGAACGAGGGAGGGACAACUUUGUAGCAUAUACAGACAAUGGUUGAAUAUUCUUCAGCGCACUCUCUUGGUACUUGGACAAUAUGGAUAAAAUCA